GGUUGCGACAGCAGCAGCAGCGGUUAUCUCCCGCUCUUCCAGGUGGUAGUAGUGGUAACAGUCCCAAUCCUGUCGCGCAGCAGCGACAGCAGCAGCAGCAGGAAGGGGCCGGUGCUCCCGCUGCUGCCGCCGCCGCCAGCAGCAGCAGCAGCGCUGCCGGCUGCAGCGGUGGUGGCUCCGCUGCUGCAGUGGUGCCGCUGCCUGCGCUGGCUUACAACGCGGGCCUGCAGCACCUGCUGCUGGGCAACUGGGCGGCGGCGGGCAGCUGCUUCCGGAGGGCGGAGGGGCUGUACGGAGACACGCCGCUGCUGUGGCUCAGAACUGCGGAGGCGGCGCUUGGUCUCUACCGCCAGCAGCAGCAGCAACAACAUCAACACCGGGAGCCGCAGUCCCAGCCACGGCCAUGCUCGGCUUCGCAGCCCCGCCCAGCGCCGCCACCCCAGCAGCAGCCCCACUCCGCUGCGGGUGCGGCCGCCGCCUCAUGUUGUCCUCCAGCCGCCGGUGCCAGCAGCAGCAGCGUCGCGCAGACAUCCUCCAGUUCAGGAGGGCCCGGACUGGGUGCGGG